AUGGGUUGUGUUGGAUUUGGAGUUGGGUUGCACUGUUGGGUUGUUAGGCUUGGUUAUGAGGCUUGCAUUGUCGUUAUGACUUCAAUUGUUGAUGUGUAUGUGAAGUUUGGGUGUUUGGAAGAUGCCCUAAAAGUGUUUGAUGAAAUGGGUGAGAGGGAUGUUGUCGUUUGGAGUUCGAUUAUUUCGGGGUUUGUUAGAGGUGGGUUUGUUGAUGAAGCGAUGGGGUUGGUUUGGAGAUUGCUAUUUGAGAUUGGAGAGAUUGAUGUGAUGGUGAUUCCGAGUGUUUUGAGUGCUUGUGGGAAGAGUGGAGAGUUGAGAAGAGGGAAGGAGGUGCAUGGGAGGGUUGUUAGGAAUUUGGUGUCAUGUUAUGAUGUUGUUGUUAAUAAUUCGUUAGUUGAGAUGUAUGCUAAGUGUGGAUGCCUUGAUGCUUCGCGUAAGGUGUUUUUGGUCAUGGGUGAUCGACGAAAUGUUGUUACUUGGUCUACUUUGAUAUCUUGUUACGGAGUUCAUGGCAAGGGGAAGGAAGCUUUGGCUCUUUAUGACAAGAUGAUUCAAAGAGGUUUAAAACCAAAUUCUGUUACGUUUACUUCAAUUCUUUCAAGUUGUAGCCACUCGGGCCUUGUGAAUGAGGGUCAAGCAUUGUUUGAUUCGAUGAUGAGAGAUUAUGGAUUGGAACCUUGUGUUGAGCAUUAUGCUUGCAUUGUUGACCUUCUAGGCCGAGCAGGGCGGACUAAAGAAGCAUUGAAACUUAUAAAGAGUAUGCCAAUGAAGCCAAUUGCAAGUGUUUGGGGUGCAUUACUUAAUGCUUGUGCAAUGCACCGUAAUGUUGAGGUUGGGGAGGUUGCUGCAUAUGAGUUGUUUGAAUUGGAGCCCCGUAACUCUAGUAACUAUAUCGCUCUUUGUGGUAUUUAUGAGAGUGUUGGAAUGUUGGAUAAAGUGGCCAUAAUGAGGGCGAGGAUGCAUGAAUUGGGCAUGACGAAGGCUCCAGGCUGUAGUUGGAUUCAUAUGAAAGGGAGGGUGCAGGUUUUCUAUCAAGGUGAUGUUUGUUGUCCUUCAGAGAUGGUUCUUGAUGUUUUAGAUGGAUUGUACAAGAUAAUGGCAAUAAGGAGUUUAAGGGACACUAACCACGAACUAAAUUGGCUUGAAGGUUCUUAA